UCGCGUUUUCACGGCGAGAGUUGGUGCCCUCCAAAGGUUGGCGCACUGUGGUACACAGCGAUAUAUAUAUAUAUUGUUGAAGGAUGGUAGCUACGUAGGAUGAGAGUGGUUGUGCCUUGGCGACGGUGGUACGUUUCUACCUUCUCUACCGCUGCGUGAGGAGAGGGACGUGCGAUGAGACGAGGAGGAGUGGGUUUGGUGCUGCUUUCAUUCCUUGGGAGUAUUGCCCUUAGGUCUGAUCUUGGUGAAGAUUCUAACGGCGGGCUACGAGAGAUGGCGGAUCGAGUAGGUUUCUACCGCCAUGGAUGUUCUUUCUUCCUGCGGAUUGCCAGCGAGGGGUCGUCGACGGGCUCGGCGGUUUGGGCUCGCUACGUGGCUGUGUUAUGGAGCGUGAGGCCUGGUAGAGAGAUCUGGGGAUGCUUUGGGGUGGGCAUUCCAAGGGACAACCAAGGGUUGCUGUUGGGAGGACGCUGGCCGGAGCUGGGAUUAGAAACAUUGAAAGUAAGCGUUGAGCUGGCUAGAGACCAAUUUCUAAUUCAGCCAGUCUCGAACACUCUGGUUACGGUCAUGUGCAUGCAUGAAGCUGACAAGACUGUGAUUGACAGCUGGCAGCGUCUGCGAUGCGAGCGGUCUGAGGUACGGAUCCACCCGUGGGUGCCACAACGUCGGUUGGGACCGGAGGAAAGGAGGGCACAACUUAUGCAAGAUUAUUACUGGGUGGAAUUCCGCCAUAUCCCGGUUGAAAUUCAAGCUGCGUUUGUCUAUGAUUUCGGAAUGAUUUACGACAUUGUGGCUUUUAUUGACCCUUUCCCCUCUUUUGUGGCCAAAAGGGACGAUUACUUAAUGUUGGCACUUGAUUUUGCCCCGGGCCAGCCUUUCUCCCUCGAUGAUGUGAUCCCGUACAGAAUAGGGGGAAAGGAAUACAUGAUCCAUACUGCGCACAAGAUGCGGCCGUGGUGCCCUAAAUGUAGAUCGUAUGGACACCUCAGCACGGAAUACGCCUGUCCGCGACAUCCGCAGAAGAGAACCCAAGUGUCCGGGCGACUGUUAAGGGAUCCGAAUAAGACGACCCAUAGGAGGGUCGUGGACCUGGGGCACAAGGGUUGGGUUUACAUAGAAGAACGAACAAAAGAGGGCACCCCGAGGGGAUGGGUGUGGGAAAGAACGGGAGAGCCAGAAUGGGAGACACCCCCCCCAAGCUCGUGGACCCCCCCAACACCGGUGGAAGAGAAGAUGCAGCAAAUGCAGGUAACCUCCCCACUAAAGAACCACGAAGAUCAGGGAUGGACCAAGGUCGGGAGAAAAGGAAAGAAGGAAAUUUGGACCCCGAAGAAGCAGGUGGGGUCCAACAUGGAGCAAAAGGAAGAAAGUCGUGGAGGGAAUCCCGAGGGCACUUUGGGCUUCGAUGCGAUACAAUACAUCCCAACAGUAAAUGGUUCUCUAGAACAUAGAAAUAGGGGCGGCGCGUCCGUCUCGGGACAGGCAGAUGGGGAGGUUGAGUUAAAAGGUAACUCAACACUGGCAUAUGGGGAGGUGGAGUUAAAAGGUCAGAUUCGAAUACAGGACAACACGGAUACUAGGGAAAUGGAGAUUCCCGAGGGAAAUAAGUCCGGGCAACAGGAGGAGAUUAGGGAAAGAUUGGCCCGGGACCUGAUGAGGGACCCUUUCCAAGCUGCCUUCGCUCCAGAGCCGAUGGAUGUUGACCCCCUCUUGAAUAAUGCCAGUGCAUCGCCCGAGGGAUUGGGCCCAGGCAGGGAGGAGAAAGAAGCCGGGGAGGAAGGGGUUCCGCCGCCCCAUAUGGUUGUAGAGCAAAAACUGGUCGCCAUUGCAGACAGGCUCAUGAGCAAUCUAAAAGUGAAGUAUGGCCCCCUCACGGAUGAUUUCUGGGAACAUACUUAGACUUGUUCCCCAUGCUGGAUACCAGUUCAUCACUCAAAUGUGUGCUGGAACGGGGACUGCAGUCGGGCGUGGCAUGGAAUGAAGCAUGGCACAGACU